AUGAUGCAGACGGAUGAAGAGAGCAGAAUGUCUUUCGACAUGUUCAACUGUGAUAGUGACUUUAGUCGAGACUGUUACGCGUCGAUGUCCACUCCACCACCACGGUCCCAGCCUCACAGUGAAGGUCUUGUACCACCCAGCAACUGGACAGUGCUGUCGUCGCUGCGUCAUACAGCUCUUCUUGGAGAGCAGAAGGUCAAUAUGCGUCUACUUAUUCGUGUACGCGACGUUAGAGUGCUGACUGGGGCUUCUGCGUUCGUGGCUGCACUUAUGCUGCUCGUUGGAAUCUUCACGCAAGGAGUGCCAGUCGGUUCUCGAGACUCAGUUGUAUCGAUCGACGAGCUCAACAAGUACAACUUUUACACGGGCACAAUUGCAGCGAUACUGGCCAAGCCAUUCGAGAUGGCACUCGCACUCUUCGUUCCGGUAUUGAGUAUGGUGAUCUCGCCUCGGAACAGCCUGCAAAACGAUUCGAUGACAUGGAGAGCUCUUCAGUUCUGUGCACAGGGCGCGUUGGUCGCGCUGCUUACCGGGGCUUUCAGCACUCUCAACGUGCAGCAGCUGGAUCCGGAGGUGGUGCCUAGGAUCGUCGCGUCCGACUUGUCGUCUACGUUUUCGACUGAAUCGACUGUAACCAGUCAUGACCUCGCAUUUUCACUACGGCCUACGACUGAAACGCUGUUGCGCACUGCAAUGCUCCCGGUGCAUGUGAAGACAAGUGAAAGUGUUUGUCAGGGUCGUGGGGGCUGGCCAAACAUUGCUACGACCUACGCUUUCUUCGCCAACGACUGGCUUGUGAACCUGCUUCCGACUGGUCGAGAAUCCAAGUUCUCGCUGCACAAGAACGUCGGUGACACUUUCUCCGCAUCAGCCGCCGACCGCAAGGAUGGAUCCAACACCAGCGCUUUUAACGCUACACUUUCAGGUAAUCUGCUGCUGUACGCGAUGCUCUUCUCACAGACGCUGUUGGCGUGGGAAGGGCUCUCAUUUCUCGAGAACAGCUCGUUGGCUCAAUUCCAACAAGAGAUGAGCUCUUGGCGAGCAUCGGAGACUGUUACGGAGGCCGAUUUUCAACUAAGUGCGAGUGUCAUGCUGCAGACGACGCUCCGGGAGCAGUCCUCGCGUCUCGGAUUGGCGUUUGACACCGAUGCAACCUCCUUCAACACGUCACAUGUAGAGUUGUCUAACGACAUUGCUUUUGAUGCAGUCACGAUUGAGAUCCCAUUCGACGAGCGGGCUAUCGCUGGCCAGGGAUCGGCAAGAGCACUAGAUUCAGCGAGCUCAAAUUCGUCACUUCUUCGCAGGCUCAGUUCUAUUACUGAGUGUGGCGAGAAGGCAUGUUUGAUUCCGCCACCUGGAGAUUCCUUCGCGGCCACAGCGACGCUGGGGGAUACGACCUACACGCAGUGGAACGUCGAGCCCCAGAUCCAGGCCUUUGCAGCCUGCACCUUUGAGGACGGUACUGAGUUCAUGACCGUAGACUACCUACAUGGCGCCAGCUGCACUCGUCGAUCGUCAACGUCUUUCUUAGUCUACAGCUUUGGCCGUCGGGUGGUCGCAGACAAUGUGACCGUCGAUGCGUCGGGCUUCUCGCGCGUUGUGGAGGUAACGAGUAUACUGCGCUAUCACACGAUUACACUCGGACGGCUGGCCUGGCGAUCGAAAGAUCUAGCUAACGACUUCAACGCCGCCUGUGACGAUAAUAGCACGUGCAUGGGGAUCAGCUUCCUACUCGAGAAUGAAUCUUCGUUGUCGUCUGCGAGAUACCUGGUCGCUGGUGAAGAGCACCUCCCGGUCGAGUCGCUAGGCGAGUUCGAUGGACUGUACUCGCGGUGGACCCCGCUAGCAAUGGUGACGACACCAAACGACAUGCAAGGAGAUCUAUUAUUUCAACGGAAUGUCCGCCACGGUCGCAACUGGGACCUCGACGGACAGUGCUCGACCAGCGUGGACGUGUUCGCCACACAAAUGGAGCAGAAUCACUGGUACAUGACGUCGACGGAUCUCGAACGCUUAACUUCGAUGGAAGUAGCACGCACGUGA